UGUUCCGUUUGAAAAGGACGUAAAUCAAAUCCACCAUGGUUCAGUUUCCCUGGAGUGAACAAAAAAGUACUUCUAUCACGGAACAAGGCGAAAAUGAAGACGAAAAUCAAGGAAGAGGAAACUGGUCAUCUAAAUUGGACUUUCUUUUGUCCUGUCUUGGGUAUGCCGUGGGGCUUGGAAAUGUGUGGAGGUUUCCCUACCUGUGUUAUAGAAACGGAGGAGGUUUGUUUUUUAUCCCCUAUUCGAUAGCGCUAGCGUUCAUUGGGAUCCCUAUCCUAAUGUUGGAGUUAACUUUAGGCCAGUACUCUAGCUCAGGACCGCUUACAUGUUGGAAGUUUUCUCCAAUAUUUACGGGAAUUGGUUAUGCAAUGAACUGCGUGUCUUCGUUUGUUGGUAUUUACUACAACAUAAUCAUGGCCUGGGCUCUCUUCUACUUGUUUGACUCUUUCAGGAGUGAUUUACCCUGGCAUUCAUGUGGUGAUUGGAGUACAAAUUUGUGUUAUUAUAACGUGAAGAUUUUGAAUACUAACGGUAGUAAUUGUACUGAAGCAUGUAAGAAAAACCAAUUUAAUAAUCAGUCACAAAUUCAAUGGACUGCAAACGAAACACAGGGGAUUUGUUACCUAGAAAGUCUGAAAAAUAAAAAGGAAGGAGUCAGAGCUUUCUGCAAUGAAACUGAGGCCAAAAAGUACUUUCCAAGAGUGCUUGCCUCUCAAGAAUAUUUUGAUCGCUAUGUGACAGGUUCUGCGUACAGCCAAGGAUUUUUUGAUCUUGGUGAAGUCCACUGGCAGUUGGUUCUGUGUUAUUUGUUGGCGUUUGUUUUCGUUGUAUUGGCGCUUAGUAAAAGCAUCAAAACUUCCGGUAAAGUUGUUUACUUUACUGCAACAUUUCCAUACCUUGUCCUUGUGAUACUGUUAAUUCGUGGUUUAAUGUUGGAAGGAAGCGACAAAGGAAUUCAUUUCUACUUAACACCAGAAAUAUCUAAGCUAUCAGAAGCACAGGUAUGGAAAGACGCCGCUGUUCAGAUUUUCUUCUCUCUGUCGGCUGCUCAAGGUGGACUGGUAGCUCUGGCAAGCUAUAACAAAUUCCACAAUGACGUCAUCAGAGAUACCCUGAUUGUUGCGUUUGGGAAUUGCUUGACCAGUUUCUUUGCUGGUUUUGUCAUUUUCUCUUACCUGGGACACCUUUCGGAUUUUCUGGGCGUACCUGUUAAAGAGGUUGCAAAAAGUGGACCGUCCUUGACAUUUGUUAUCUAUCCUUUUGCGGUUACUCAGCUGCCCGUGGCUCCUUUUUGGUCAAUUUUAUUUUUCCUCAUGUUGAUAACACUUGGAGUGGACAGCGAGUUUGUGUUGGUUGAGACGGUUGUGACGUCAUUGAUGGACAAGUUCCCCAAACUCAGAGAGCAAAAGUUGUUGACAGUCAUCGGUGUUUGUGUGGUCAUGUUUCUCCUAGGUCUUACAAUGACCACAAAUGGUGGUAUAUACAUGUUGGAGAUAAUGGAUACGUACGCUGGAGGAUGGAGUGUAUUGUUCAUCGCCAUAUUUGAGUGUAUAUCUAUUGCAUGGAUUUAUGGUGUAUUUCGAUUUUUGGACGAUCUCCAACUGAUGGUUGGCGAACGCUUUUGUUCUUGUAUCCCCUUUGUGGCGCUGAAGUUUUGGUGGGUGGUCUGUUGGUGUUGUGCAACACCCGUGCUAUGUGCUAUCAUUAUGAUAUUUUCCUGGGUGGACUAUACAGGCCUAGCCAAUAGUGCUCACUAUAAUGUUUACGCUGAUCUUAUUGGCUGGGGAAUGACAUUAGCCAUAAUUCUCUCCAUUAUUAGCACUGCAAUUUAUGUAGUAGCCCGAGAAUAUGGAAGUAUUGAGGAGAGGCUAAGGGUAGCGUUCAGUCCAUCCGUUGAGUGGGGACCCGCCCUAGUGAAGUACCGUCAUGAGGCGGAAAACCACACCAAGAAAUACAGCGAAACAUUUGUCAUUGAUGUUGUGCAUCACACAGAAUCUCGGGCGUCCAAAGGCUCCGAAAUUAUGGAAAUGUCGACAGUAGGUGGUAUUGAGAAUAAAUGUUACACCAUGCAUGAUGAGGGCCAUGACAACAGAAUAAAAACUAAAAACGAUUUGAAAAAGACCGAAUUAAUUCCAGUUCCGCAGACAUGUUGAGGAGUAGGUACAGUCGAGGUACAAUGAAGAGCUGUAUUUCACUACUUGCUCAAAGUAUAAAUCAGAAGAAAAAUCGGUCCUUCUCUUGGUGAACAAACGAUUUUUGGUUUUAAUGAGAUUCAGAAUACUCUCAAAUUUUUGCACCGAUGAACUCUAUCCA